AUGGUGGGGCAACUAUUUGCAAGACUUUGUUGGAGAAAAGACUACGACGGGGCAACUAUCUGCGAUACCUUGUCGGAGAAAAGACUAGGAUGGGGUAACUAUUUGCGACACCUUGUCGGAGAAAAGACUAUGGUGGGGCAACUAUUUGCGACACCUUGUCGGAGGAAAGACUAUGGCGGGGCGACUAUUUGCGACACCUUGUCGGAGGAAAGACUAUGGCGGGGCGACUAUUUGCAACACCUUGUCGGAGAAAAGACUAUGGCGGGGCGACUAUUUGCGACACCGGGAAACUUGGGUUUACACCUUGUCGGAGAAAGACUUGGGGGCGGAGGAAAGACUAUGGGAGGGCAACUAUUUGCAACACCUUGUCGGAGGAAAGACUAUGGCGGGGCGACUAUUUGCAACACCUUGUCGGAGAAAAGGCUAUGGCGGGGCAACUAUUUGCGACACCUUGUCGCAGAACAGAGGAUGGAAGGCGAAGUCAAAGCCACGGGGUGGCAACUAUUUGCAAGACUUUGUUGGAGGAAAGACUAUGGGAGGGCGACUAUUUGCGACACCUUGUCGGAGGAAAGACUAUGGCGGGGCGACUAUUUGCGACACCUUGUCGGAGGAAAGACUAUGGCGGGGCGACUUUCUGCAACACCUUGUCGGAGGAAAGACUAUGGUGGAGCAACUAUCUGCAACACCUUGUCGGAGGAAAGACUAAGGCUAUGGGGGCAACUAUCUGCGACACCUUGUCGGAGGAAAGACUAUGGCAGGGCAACUAUUUGCAACACCUUGUCGGAGAAAAGACUAUGGCGGGGCGACUAUUUGCGACACCUUGUCGGGGAAAAGACUAUGAGCGGGGCAACUAUUUUCAAGGACUAUUUGCAACACCUUGUCGGAGGAAAGAUUAUAGCGGUGCAACUAUUUGCAACACCUUGUCGGAGAAAAAAACUAUGGCGGGGCGACUAUUUGCGACACCUUGCCGCGGGACAGAGGAUGGAAGUCAAAGGCACGGGGUGGCAACUAUUUGCGACACCUUGUCGGAGAAAAGACUAUGGCGGGGCGACUAUUUGCGACACCUUGUCGGAGAAAAGACUAUGGCGGGGAAACUAUUUGCGACACCUUGUCGGAGAAAAGACUAUGGCGGGGCGACUAUUUGCGACACCUUGUCGGAGAAAAGACUAUAGCGGUGCAACUAUUUGCAACACCUUGUCGGAGGUGAAGUCAGAGGCGGGGCAACUAUUUGCAACACCUUGUCCUAAAAAAAACUACGACGGGGCAACUAUCUGCGACACCUUGUUGGAGGAAAGACUAUGGCGGGGCGACUAUUUGCGACACCUUGUCGGAGGAAAGACUAUGGUGGGGCGACUAUUUGCAACACCUUGCCGCGGGAAAGACUAUGGCGGGGCGACUAUUUGCAACACCUUGUCGGAGGAAAGACUAUGGCGGGGCAACUAUUUGCGACACCUUGUCGGAGAAAAGACUAUGGCGGGGCAACUAUUUGCGACACCUUGUCGGAGGAAAGACUAUGGCGGGGCGACUAUUUGCGACACCUUGUCGGAGAAAAGACUAUGGCGGGGCAACUAUUUGCGACACCUUGUCGCGGGAAAGACUAUGGCGGGGCGACUAUUUGCAAACUUUGUCGGAGAAAAGACUAUGGCGGGGCAACUAUUUGCGACACCUUGUCGGAGGAAAGACUAUGGCGGGGCAACUAUUUGCAACACCUUGUCGGAGAAAAGACUAUAG